AGACCCAAGCGUCACUCUCGGGUACUGACUGACUGUGAAGGACUGAACUCUGAGGUUGAGGUGCUCCCAUCACGCACGCUGCAGUGACUGCACCACCCACUUUCUCCUUCUUCCAGUUUGACUUUAUCCCCAUUUCCCUCGAGUCGUGUCAGACUCCCGCAACAGAAAGCUUCAAUUCCACGGGCUUGCACCAACACUUACUUGUACUUCUGUACUUUCAUUUCCCCCCUCGACGCACCUUCCCUCCCAUGUGUUAUCGAUUUUCCUCUUCGCACCUUCAUUUGCGCUUGCACCCCCGUUUUCCCACCUUUCUCUUUGCUGCUGCUGCUUCACUACCACAACCCACCUAAUCUUCCCUCUUACACGCUCUCCCAUCUCGUCUCGCCUCCCUCCCUCUUUAUUCACAACACACUCUCCCUCUCAAAGAAAACACUUCUUUGUUUGCUGUCUCUCAGAGGCCACAGAGUCGAGGCUUUCGCUAGCGCUCGAUCACUUCUUUCUUCCCUCUCUUCCGGCACAUUGUCACUCUUGAGUACUUGUCGUUACUGUCGCUGGUUGACCCAAACUCCUCUUCGGUUCUGGCCUGUUCUGAGGGCCACAUCAUCAAACCCCUUUGCGCCCGACUCCGAUUGUCCGAUCCGCAAGCCUACUUUCCAAUUACGUCAGCCUCACCUGCGCCACAAAUUUGGCACCCAUUCCCAUAAUUUUUCACCCGCCUUCAAAUCCACACACUGCUGCUGCCUAUCACAUUGAUACAAAAGCUCGCUACGGCCCUUCCGUCGUGACUUUUUGGUCUUCUCCUUGACUUCUUGUCGAGGUAUCCUCAUGUUUCGAUUCUGGACAUCUGAAUCACGGGGAAGCGACAAGACGCUGCCGGCAACACCACCCAUCGCAGACCUACUGAAGCCAUUUCAGUCACCUCUGUUACCAAAAACGGAGAUAUCAGCGUUGCCCGAGGCGCAGCCUCCCAAACGGAGACGGCCAAGCGUAUAUGUCGCUGAUGAAACGUCCGAUAUGAACGUGCCUAUAAAGCGCGCCAAGAUAGACCUAGAUGUAAUAGGCGACAGUUUCUCAGCAUCCGGCCCAAAACCAAAAGAAAGUCCCACGGCAUCUAGUUUGGACGAUGCCCGGGAUGAGAUUCGCCACCAGUUUGGUCUUGAAAUUUUGCUAAAGCAUGAUGAACUUCGGCUCAUUAACCAGGAACUCGCGAAAUGCCAGGUUGCUUUGGAGCAGCUCAGACGUUGUCAUCUCAUCCCAUACCCCGUGAAUUGCCCAACUCCUGAACAGAUGCUGAAUGUCAGUGCCGGAAAGGGACCUGCUAUUCAGACACGUUCGGGGGAAGCUGUGCCAAGGUGGGCACCCCCAUUUGGUGUCGUUGAUGGUCCAUAUGCCAGACACUAUGCCAAGUGGCUUAUUCCUGAUCCUUCAUUUGAUGGCAUACAGCCCGAGUGGCAUUUUACUCCAGAAGCCUCACGCGCGAGAGCUUCGUUCGCUGAAGGGCGGACGACAAGAAAUAGCUUUACCGAAUCUGGAACUUCGCUCAAGGCCCGUUCAGGUCGUGGAGCUGGGAGCCAGAAGUUACAGUCUUUGUCAAGUGGCUAUCCUCAACCAAAAGACAAGGCCGGCCCAUGUAUCUUGAAGCGUGCCGAUGGGAAGACGGUAAAGUUGGUGUGUCUUGAUUGCAACCGGGAGAACUUUUCAAGUACUCAGGGAUUUAUCAACCACUGCCGCAUUGCUCACAAGAGGGACUUCAAGAGCCACGAGGAAGCAGCCGUACAGAGCGGUCAUCCAAUCGAAGUAACAGAAGGGGGGGUUGUUGGAGAGGAAAAGGCGCCUACACCGACCAUCCCAACUCUGACUUCCACUUCUGUGCAUCCUUUUGCCCAACCAGGUAUGACGGAACAGCAGGCAUACAUUGCUCUCAGAUCAAGAAUUGCCGAUUCACUUAGACUUUAUCACCAAGGCAAGCUGCCUGGCGUCACUCGUAUCCCUUCGCUUCAUGGCAAACCCCGUGGUCGUGAAGUGAAAAUGACUGGCUCUGUCGCCGGAGCUUCGGAUGUGCCCUUUCUCUCACAUCUCCUGCAAAGUCGGAAGUUCGACGGCAAUCUGCGUGAACUGGUUGCAGAUGCAAAGACAAAGAUCGCACUGGACGAUAUGACCUCCGGUGAGGAAUCGGAGCCUGCUGAGACGUCACUUGACGAAAUAGAACUGGGAGAUCCGUCUGCUGUGCGGAAACCAGUCGUUAUGCGCGUGCCCGCAAAGGCUACUCAUUCUCCAACUGUCAUGGCCGCAUCGGUUCAUUCAGCCAGUAGCAAAGGCCGUGCUCCACCAAUCGCUUUCAAGACGUCUGCAAACUGCGGAUCGCGUAAUGCGAAUCCUGUGCUUUCAGAUGAAGAUUUGGACAUGGAAGAUGUUGACAUGAGCCCCAAUACCAUGGUCAGCAACAAUGCCCCUUCCCUUGUUAGUGAUGAUGGAGAGUACGAUGAUACGGAUGAUGGCUCCUCUGUUUCUGGCACAAGUGAUCAUCUUGAAACCGAGUCAGUGUCGGAUGUAGAAGAGAUCACGUUGGAUGACGACCAGGAUUCGCGCUCACUGCGUCGGGGAUCCAGCGGCGCAUCAGGCGCCGUAAGGCUUCGUAAGGACGACCCCAAGCAUGUUACUCUGAUGACGCCAGUCAAGAGUAAUGCCAGGGAACGAAGGUCGCGUAAACUCUGAACUAUUGAAACAUAGCAUCUACACGUUGUGUACCGAUCUUCCGAUUCAUCAUUGCCAACGCCGUACAGUCACAAACCAUUGGAUUCGCCUUUCUUCUUGAACCACCGAUUUUCAACCAUAUAUUUUUUUUAGUCAUCUUACGAACAACCACUGGGAACAGGUCACGAUUGAGAAACGACAACUGCUUGGUUUCAGUCUGUCACAAACGAAAAUUGAGGCUAUUGGGGGCGCUUUGUGGGAUUACAGUACGGGAAACAUGCGAUCUUGUUUGAAUUAGAGAAUUAAGUAUAUUCACUGAGGCGCUACGGAACGGGACUUCUUAUUGGAAUACAGUUUGGUUGUUGCACCUCUGUUUUGUUUUCGUUGUUAGUAUGUUGAGCGAAUAUCCCUAGACAAGAAGGGACAUGUACGAUCGGAAUAGCUAUAUCAAGAUUUUAGUUCCAAGCAGUUUACUGUUUGUAGCAUGGUUUGUCAUGGGAGCAAGCUGGCAGUGUGAAUGCACGAUGAAUUAGGCCCAAAGCGUAGCAAUUCUUCCCCAC